GAGAGGUAGCUCAAGUGUUUGUGGAUGAAUCUGGUCAAUACUUCUACUCAACAAGUGUUGAUGGAAGCCAGCAACAGAUGGUGGUUGUCUCCUCUGAUGGGACUGAUGGAUCAGAGGGUGAUGCAGCCACUACAGAUGGCUCCAUUAUGUUACACACUGAGGAGGAUACUUUACAUGAUGAUGGAGAUAGUUUACCUCAGGGGCAAAUGACAAUGGGAGAAGAUGGCACCUUGCAAGUUAUAUCUGGAAUGGAUCAUGGUGAAGGAAACAAUCAAGUUGUUCUCAAUCAAGGUGAUAAUAAUCAGAUUGUGACAAUUGUUCCAUCUUCCACCAAUCCAGGUGAAGUUAGUUAUGUUUUGAUUGUUGAACAAUCUGGUGAAAGUGACAAAGAUGAAACUGUAUAUGAUUUCAAUGAAGCAGACGAUGGGUUAAGUUAUGAGUCAGGUGAUGAAGAUGAGAAGAAGGUCAUGCGUAUAAUUCAUAAAAAAUCCCAAACUGUUACUCAAGCCCAUAUGUGUAAUUAUUGUAAUUAUACUAGUCCAAAGAGAUACUUGCUUUCACGACAUAUGAAAUCCCAUAGUGAAGAAAGACCUCAUAAGUGUUCAGUUUGUGAGCGUGGAUUCAAAACCUUGGCAUCACUUCAGAAUCAUGUUAAUACACAUACUGGUAUUAAGCCUCAUCGUUGCAAGUUUUGUGAGAGUACUUUCACAACUUCAGGAGAGUUAGUCCGUCAUGUCCGUUAUAUCCACACUCAUGAAAAGCCCCAUAAAUGUUCUGACUGUGAUUAUGCCAGCGUAGAGUUAUCUAAAUUGAAGAGACACAUGAGAUGUCACUCUGGUGAGAGGCCUUAUCAGUGUCCUCACUGUACAUAUGCUAGUCCCGAUACUUUCAAGCUCAAGAGACACUUAAGAAUACACACUGGCGAAAAACCAUACGAGUGUGAGACAUGCCAUGCCCGAUUCACCCAGUCAAAUUCAUUAAAAGCUCAUAAGUUAAUACAUACUGGCAACAAACCUGUUUAUGCUUGCGAGUUAUGUCCAACAACUUGUGGUCGUAAAACAGAUCUCCGAAUACAUGUACAAAAACUUCAUACGUCAGAUACUCCAUUGAAAUGUAAAAAGUGUGGAAAAGCCUUCCCUGAUAGGUAUACUUUUAAGCAACACAAUAAGUCUCAUGAGGGUGAAAAAUGUUUCAAAUGUGAUCUCUGCCCGUAUGCUUCAACGUCAGCAAGACAUCUUGAGUCUCAUAUGUUAGUACACACUGAACAAAAGCCAUACCGAUGCAACCAGUGUGACCAGGCCUUCCGUCAGAAACAGUUACUUAAGAGACAUCAGAAUCUUUAUCAUAAUCCAACGUACAUCCCUCCUAUGCCAAGAGAAAAAACGCAGGAGUGCCCCGAAUGUGGAAAAGCAUUUAGGCAUAAAGGUAAUCUCAUUAGACAUAUGGCUAUUCAUGACCCUGAUGCUUCUGCUCAAGAAAAAGCACACGCCCUCAAGAUUGGCAGGCAAAAACGAUUACAGUUAAUAAAUGGUCAGCAGGUUGAGAUGUACACUGGAGAUGUGGAUGAUGAUGAAAUUAUGGCUGUAGAAGGACAAGAUGGUAACCAGUAUGUUGUUUUAGAAGUUAUCCAGUUACAGGACGGGGAAGGUCAUGUGAUGAUGUCAGAUGGAAUGCAUGUUACAGACGCCUCUCUUGAUGGCAGUGAAGUGGAUGGAGUAUUAGGCACAUCCUCGCUUAUGGUGCCAGAGACGAUAACAGGUGACACCAUAGUUACAGAUCCUUCUCUUUUAGAGCUUCAGCACCACAAAAAGGUUUUGAAAACAGAAGUGAGUGCAGAAGCCAAAAAAGAAGCUCAAAAGGAGAUGGAAACUUGCUUUGGUUUUGAUGACGAAGAUGAAGGACACAAAUUCAUCUAGA